UCCGGUUCACGGUGAUCACCAUCCAUUUUUGUGACAAGUGAAGUGAAUCUUCACGGUUUUUUGAUUUGUUUUUCAGUCUAUUUUCAAAAAUGUAUAAGUAACAAAGUUCUGAUUCCCGUGUUACAGUUUAAAGUUUAUUUAUGCAUCAAAAGUUAAACAGUUUUAGAAGAUUCAUCUAAAUUCUCAGCAAUAUGUUAAAAACGGACGAUUCUCUUCGACCAUAUCCACAUUAUCCACAGACUGUGGAUUUCAAUAAGCAGGAGGAUCAGUAUUCGACUGAAAUUUUUAGUACUGAUGUAACAGUAAUUCCUGCUCCAGGAAUUCAUAAUCAUGGAAGUUCAAAAGUAAAACUCAAGAAUAUUGUUGAUUUUUCAUGGGAACAUCGUUUAUAUAUAGGAAAUCUUUUAGCAAUUCACACAUCAGGAAAAUAUCUUGCUUAUGGCCUUAAAGUUGUUAAUGGAAGUGGCGUGGUUCGAGUUGUAAAUAAAGAAGUUGAAAAUCGAAUACUUUUGAGAUUACGAGGGCCUGUUCAAGAUUUAGCAUUUGCUCAUGUUGCAAAUGCAAUUCUUGCUUGUGUCGACUGCUUUGGAAGUCUUUAUGUAUACACAAUUGAAGCUCUAUCUAGAGAAUUGGCAUAUUCAUUGAUAUUACAAGUUGAAGCUGAGGAUGUUGUGACAAUUAGUCAUCGUGUAAUUUGGUGUCCUUACAUUCCUGAAGAGGAGGCAACAGACGGUGAUGAAAUUUCAAAAUUAUUGGUGCUAACGAGAGGAUCAAAGGCCGAAUUAUGGUCUGUAUCCGCUGCCUCAAGACUUUGGAAUAAGUCCGUCAAGAUUACAGAUCCUGAGGUAAAAAAUAGUGGCGCAGUUUUGGAAAUAAACGAACACACUGAUACAAUUGUUCAAGCAACUUUUAGUCCUGAUGGAACGGCUUUAGCCACUGCCAGUUAUGAUGGAGAAGUGAAAUUUUUUCAAGUUUGUAUGUUUGGUCAUGGUGCACAACAAAAACCACGUUGUUUACAUCAAUGGCGUCCACACAAUGGUCGACCGAUAUCAUCUCUAUUUUUCCUCGACGAUCAUAAAAAUUAUCAACCCGAACUUUUUCCCCCCGACAGUGCUCAAUUUUGGAGAUUCGCCAUCACCGGCUGUGAUCAUAAUUCGGAAUUGAAACUCUGGUCCUGCGAAUUAUGGACAUGUUUACAGACAAUUAAAUUUACACCAAGACCAUCAUCGGCACCGGCACCAUUCUUAAAAGCCGGUCUCGAUUUAAGUGCUGGAUAUCUUCUUUUAUCGGAUAUUUACAAUAAGGUUUUAUAUGUUUUAAAUGUGACGAAAGAUAAAGGCGAAGCGGUAGCUAGUAUUAAUACAAUAUCACAAUUUCUUCUACCAUCACCAAUGUUGAGUUUUGCAAUUGUCGAUGCCGGUCAAAGGAAAGUAAAACCAACUGGAGAAUCAUUGGAGGAUCUUUGUCCAGGUGACGAUGAAAAUGAAGAUCAACUUGUUAUAAGAAUGUAUCUUGUACAACCAAAAUCAUUGCAAGAAUGUCAUAUUGCAUUUAGAACAGCGACUCAUGUCGCAGGAACAUGUUUAAUGGAUACAUUAACACACGAUUCACUUGAUUAUUCAGAGGAUAUUCCAGAAAUUGGCGCCGUCAAUCAUAAUGGUCUUGAGGUAAUAAAUAACAUUGAGGAAGAUCGAUCCGUAUCGGCGGCAAUUGAAGCGGCAACAAAUCAUGCAGCAGCUCUUAAUCUUAUGACACCUGAUGCAUUUAGUUCGCCGGCAAAGAAAGAUUCGGCUCUUGAUUCAAGUAACAAUAGUCCAGAAUUGGGUAAUGUAUUGUCAGCGAGUCCAUCUCUUGCACAGGCAAUACAUGCAUUAAAUACAUCCGAACCACCAUUGGCCACAAGUGAAAUUGAAGAACAAGCACCGCCAAGCGGUGGAAGUAGUCCCUCUCGUGAGGUUAGAGAAAUUCUCUCUCUCGCCGAACCAGAGGAAGGCGAUGCUGAAACAAAAGACGAUAUCGACGAACUUCCUACAAAUGAAGAUCCAAAUUGGCCCGACAUUUCAAUGGCUCUACUUAAAGACGUCAAUAUCUGUCCCAAUGAAAUCAAAAACGAUCAAAUUACCGAUCAACUCAACAAUAAGGAAGAAGUAAAAUCGGUGAUAAAUUGUGAGGAUGAUUUGAAAUGGCGAUUGCUUAAUGAUAAUAAAAUAUUGAAUCUCACGAGUAAAUUUGAUUCGAUACUUGAAAUUGUUCAAGAUCAACGACAAGAAAUACGUGAAUUACGAUUGGAAUUAUCAGCAUUAAGAAGUGAAACACCACUUGGUAAUCGUGUUGAAAAUGCAGUCACCCGAGCAACACAACAACAAACUGCAACAGUUGAACAAACAUUAUUCAAUCAUAUAGCAAGACAACAUGAAUUUUUAAGUAAUAUUGAAAAAUCAAUUAAGGAAAAUAUUGAAACAUCUUUGCCACAAGUUUGUGAAAAUGCCGUUGAACCAUUAAAAAAUCAACUUCGAUUGGAUUCAAUAAAAAUGGACGAACUUCUUAAAGCAAAUUUAAAUCAAUUAAUUAAUGGCGCUCAAAUGAAAGAAACAAUUGCUCUUGUUGCAGCAAAUGCAGCAAAACCAACACUUGAAAUUCUUUUUAAAGAAACAUUUGCAAAUACACUUUUACCUGGUAUGGAGAAAGCAUGUCAAUCAAUGUUUCGACAAAUUCAAGAUACAUUUGUUCGUGGUACUAAAGAAUAUUUACAAAAUGUGGAUACAGUUGUUGAGAAACAAUGUCAAAAGCGCUACGAUCAAAAAAGUGAAACACUUGUUUCUGUUGUUAAAGACGAAAUGCACGCUGCACUGACGAGAGGAUUGUCAGUUCUACAAGAAGGAACAUUAAGAACAAUUCGCGAAUCUAUGAGAGAAAAUCUCACUCAUCAUUUUAGUGAUAUUUCCGGCGUUAGAUCAAGAGCAACAACGCCAGGUCCGCCGGCUCCCGCUGUUGCUGAUAUUCAAGCAAGGAUUUUGUCUCUUUUACAAAGAGGACAAUUAAAUUCAGCUUUUCAACAAGCAUUGAGUGCAAGUGACUUGAGUUUAGUUACACUAGUCUGUGAAAAAACAGAUCCUAAUCGAGUAUUUUCGAGUCCAAUGGGAUCUCAGGGUCCACGAUCUAUUUUGCAGCAACCUGUGAUACUUUCUCUUGUACAACAACUUUCUGCCGAUUUGGGACACCGAACUGAACUCAAGCACAGGUGGUUGGAAGAGGCAAUUUUAAAUUUAGAUCCUGCUGAUCCUGUGACGAGAGAACAUAUAGGAACGGUCGUGAGCAAUUUACAUACUCAACUUGGUCAUUUUGUAACGGCAAAUCCAAAUCAUCGUUCGGCACGAGCGAUGAAAAUGCUCGCAAUGGCAACACGAUCAUUGUGCAAUGAUCGUCCAUGACCAACAUAUUCGUGAGACUAUUCGAUAUGUAUUUUUUUGUUUUUUUAUUUUCGUGAUAUAAAAAAACCAAACCAACAGUUUUCCACUGAAGUGUCUCGCAUUUUUCUUUUGCGCAAAAACAAUGGAAAAGUUCUUUAUAAUGCAAUUACUUUUUUUUGUCUCUAAUGUAAAAUAUCAUUCAUUUCAUAUAUAUAUAUAUAUAUAUAGAUUUUUCAUUGUUAGUUUCAAUGAUUUCGUUUAUUAAACAUUUUCUUUUAUUUUUU